UCCGUAAUACAGGGCUUCUUUUAGCCGUCAUUACUUUGCGGGGUAAUCCUAGGCAUUUAUCUUUCCAAUACUUUAGCCUGUGGCGGUUAAAGGACAUCGAUAUAAGCAUUGAACACCUACGUUCCUUAAGAUGACCUUCGUCUGUCUCCAUCAAUCUGCAACAAAAUGGCCAACCAACCGCUAGUCACACAUCUCUAUACCGCCGAUCCCUCUGCCCAUGUCUUCAACAACAAACUCUACAUCUACCCUUCACACGACCGCGAAACCUCCAUUGAAUUCAAUGACAAUGGCGACCAGUAUGACAUGAAUGAUUACCACGUCUUUUCCAUGGACACCAUCACCGGUCCCGUCGUCGACCACGGCGUCGUCCUCAAAGCCGCCGAUAUCCCCUGGGUAUCUAAACAGCUCUGGGCCCCUGACGCGGCGUACAAGAACGGGAAGUACUUUUUGUAUUUCCCCGCUCGCGAUAAAGAGGGAAUUUUUCGUAUUGGGGUAGCCGUGUCUUCAUCUCCAGCGGGUCCAUUUUUGCCGGAGAAAGAACCUAUUCCGGGGAGUUAUAGCAUCGAUCCGGCGGUGUUUGUUGAUGACGAUGGAGAGGCUUAUCUAUAUUUCGGGGGUAUAUGGGGUGGACAAUUGCAAUGCUGGUCGAAAGAUGAGAGUAAAGAGAAUUGUUGGACCUUUGACAUAUCCAAAUCCGGUCCCCAGGAGCCUUCCGGUCCAAAUAUCAACGCUCUAUAUCCCCGUGUCGCCAAAUUGUCCAACGAUAUGCUGACCUUCAACACACCGGUCCACGAAUUGAUGAUUCUAGAUGAAAGUGGCUCUCCAAUCACAGCCGACGAUCAUCAACGGCGGUUCUUUGAGGCAGCUUGGAUGCAUAAGUAUAAUGGGACCUACUACUUCUCGUACUCUACCGGAGACACGCACUUCUUGGUCUACGCGACAGGGGAUAAUCCAUGGGGCCCGUUUCAGUAUCGGGGGAGAAUCUUGGAGCCGGUACAAGGAUGGACGACGCAUCAUUCUAUUGUGGAAUUUGGAGGGAGAUGGUAUCUAUUUUAUCAUGAUUGCGAGUUGUCUGGAGGCGUUGAUCAUCUGCGGUCUGUCAAAGUGAGGGAGAUGGGGUAUGAUGCUGAGGGGGGGAUGCAUUUGCUUCAGUAGUUGUGUGUAUUGGUCUACUUGAAGGAUUUGAUUAUUAUUUUCGAUGCAGAAUAAUUCAACUUGAUCUUCGCCUGCAAUAGGAAUGCAACAUGCUUCGUGAUUGACGGUGGACCCUUUAAAUGUGGAGAGUCUGGGGUAGAUUAAAGGAUCCACAUCCAGACGAUGUGAAACAGGA